UGCAUGGCUGUCACUGCAUGUUAGCAGUGGUCUCAGUGCAUUUGCUGCCGCCAGUCACUGCUGGAUUUCUGGGUUUCCACUUAUUUUGCAAUCACAGCAUCUAAAGCUUAUUGCAAUACAUCAUUCACUCAUCCCUGGUUAUUAUUGGUAGUAGAAUAUAAGUGGAAGCAGUAGCAUAUGAUUGCACAGUGGAAGAUUAUUGCAUAACAUUGUGGUAUACUGAUAUUUUGUGCAACAAUAGUUCCUCUUAAUAAUCGUCCAGACUCCGAUUGCAAGCUCAUUAUAUACAAUUUACAGAACUAAGAGGUUGUCUCUCCAAGUGCCUUAAUUGACUGGAGAAGGAUGGAGCAACACAGAGAGGUCAUCUACCUGCUAAACAGAGAGACAAGAGAUCCCGAAACACAGACAUGUAAACCCUGACUGUGUAAAGAGUUACAGGAUUACUAUAGUCAAUGCUGAAGAGGAUGGACAAGGACAGGAGACACAUGACUGAGAGGAUACUAAGCCUCACCCUAGAGAUCAUCUACCUGCUGACUGGAGAGGACUAUACAGUCGUGAAGAAGUCCAGGAAUGGUGUCACAAAUAUCAGAUGUCCAGGAGGAGGGAGCAGCACUCAGAACCCCAUCAUGGAGCCCCAACCUCGCUCAUUGAAGUAUGAGAGAGACAAUGAUCAGAAGAUCCUGGGACUCACCAACAAGAUCAUUCAGCUGCUGACUGGAGAGGUUCCUAUAAGGUGUCAGGAUGUCGCUGUCUAUAUCUCCAUGGAGGAGUGGGACUAUAUAGAGGAACACAAGGAUCUGUACAAGGAUGUCUUCAGGAAGAAUCAACAUCCCCUCAGAUCUUCAGCCGCAACCCCUCCUACACCUAAGGAAGACAAAGACGAUACUGAUAAAUGCGAUGAAGAACGAAGACAUCUCUGUGUAAUUGCAGUGAGUCAGACAGCGAGUGAGCUUGUCCACAGCCCGGCAGUGCAAUGCACAGCACACACUAUUAAGGAUCUUGCAGCUGACAUGCCGGACGUGUGUACUGCACAGACAGAGGGUGCAUCUAUUCUUAUAAAGAGUGAACCUGCCUUGUGCGAUGUAGGGGAUGUCAUAGACCCAGUCACUUAUUCACCCGCACAACAGCCACACUCAGAAUAUUCCCCUGCUCCACUUGGUGUAGAACCCACUGUACAUCAAGAGAAACUUUACAGUGCCUCUCAUAUUUGUAAUGCAACAGAACAGGAAGGCUGUGAGUAUCUGUACAUCACGGAGGACGGUAACACGCAUGUCACUAGUAACAAACUGUCGGUGGUUACAAAGUGCAUGGAAUGUGGUGACCACUUUACCGUUGAAUCACAUGAGGCACGUCGUGAGAAGACACAGCCGUACAUGUGUCAGGCAUGUUCCACCCGAGAUUCAGAUCUUGUUAUGUACCGGCCAGAUGACCAGGAAUGCCAGGCGGUUACCUUCUCUGGGCUGCCUAAGAAAUCUAACGUUCUUCAUGAAGACUAUCACAAAUCAGGCACACAGUGUGAUGGAAAUAAACACCUUGAUGGGCAAAAUAUCAGUUGUAGUGGAGAUAAACCCGACUCCUAUACGGAAUGGCUUACCAAUACUCUGUCUCAUGCCAGCCAUCACAGAACUUACGUAGAAGAAAACAUGUUGUCCAGCUGGCAGGAGGUGGCAGGUUUUAACCAGCAGACAAGUGUGGACACCAGUGGGAGAGGGUAUACAGAAGUGGAACCUUUCUUCUCCUCCCAGAGUGGGAAAUACAUUAAAGCCCAGGUUAUGCCGCAUCAGACAGGUCAUGCAGACGACAGACCAUUUAAUUGCAUUGAAUGCGGCAAGUGUUUUGAACAAAGUCUAAGCCUUGUUGACCACAUGAGAGUACACGCGGGGGAAAAUCCAUCUGCGUGCCCCGACUGUGGGCAGUGCUUUACCCAGCGCUCAGCUCUUAGCGCUCAUCGCAGAAGCCACAAGGCAGAGAAACUGUUCCUGUGCUUUGACUGCGGCAAGUGUUUCCGAACUAAAGCCGAUCUGGUUACUCAUCAGCGUAUUCACAUGGGGGAGAAGCCAUUUCCGUGUCCAGCGUGUGGUGAGGGCUUCACGCGGCGCGCCAACCUGGUGAGACACCAGAGGAUUCAUACUGGGGAAAAACCUUUCUCCUGCUCAUACUGUGGGAGAUCUUUUACACGUAAACUAGGACUUGUCAAACACCAAAGGAUCCACACAGAAGCGAAUGCGUUUCCCAAAGUACAUAAACAUAGGUUUCCACAGAUAAUGGGGGGAAUUCAAUUGCCGGCAACUUGUUCACCCGGCCGCUUUGCACGACACCCACCGCAGUUUAUGGCGGCCGGAUCUCGCUCAAAAGUGUUCGCUACACCAUAGGAUAGCGAGAACUUUUGAGCGAAAGGGGUGCAAAUCAGGCUGCAGCCGUUUAAACGCUGUGGCAACAGGAAAUCGCCCCCUUUGGCCACAAUUGAAUCCCCCCCAAUGUGUUAGUGUUGCUUUAUUUUACACAAGUAAUACAACUUUCAGCAUAUAUGCACUGCUGAUCAAAAGCUUUAGAACACCCCCAUUAUUCCAGUCUGUAUUGAAAUUUACAGUAUGUAGUUUAAUGAUUCAAUAUACUGUCAAAUUAAAGCAUAGAAUACAGUAUGAGAUAAACACGGA